AUGCAGCCCAUUUCGAUUUCAUUCCUUCUCAUCGCGCUGAGCUUCGCAGCCGCCAAGGCUAUACCCGCUGUGGAGAACGCCGACGGCAUUCUUGCACACAGUGCCACUUCCACCAAGACUGGCAGCCUUAGCAGUAGCACCGGUGCUGCUGAACACACCGACACUGGUGUUGGUGGAGACCAGGAGACCAUGUCGAAUCCGUCCUCAUCGUCGUCAAGCCAAAUGACUCUGACUUGUACCUGCAAACCUGCAAUGGGCAAGGAGAGCACCAAGGAAUUGUCUCAUACGCAUACGGAUUCAUCGACAUCAAAGCCGAUGAGACGUGGUAACAUCAAGAGUAACAUUUCAGGAUGGGGAAAACGCCUAACUGGUGGUGGAAGUAAAAGUGGAGCAGAGGGGGAGGAAAAGUACACCUGCGAUUGCAAGCCCAAGCAUGGUAACGAACCUCAAGAUGAGGAGACGGAGAAGAGGAUUCCGUCCUCAGAUAGUCAUCUGGAUGAUACGGAAUCAAACGGCGACGAUGAAUUGGGUGAUGACAAGACGUAG